CAAACCUCCACUCCAAACAGGCGACGAAGCCGCACACGACACCACUGGACUUCACUGAUUAUCGUCGCUCACCAUGUCUGAACGAAAGGUGCUCACCAAAUACUACCCACCCGACUUCGACCCCUCCAAGCUCGAACGAAAGCGAGGGCCGAAGCAGACUGGUCCAAAAGUACAGACAGUGCGCUUGAUGGCUCCGUUCAGCAUGAAAUGUACCUCAUGUGGCGAAUUCAUCUACAAGGGUCGAAAGUUCAACGCUCGGAAAGAGACGACCGAAGAGAAAUACUAUGCGAUCACCAUCUUUCGAUUCUAUAUCCGAUGUACGCGAUGCUCUGCCGAGAUCACAUUCAAGACCGACCCCAAAAAUAUGGACUAUACGUGUGAGAGGGGCGCGAAGCGGAAUUUUGAGCCUUGGCGAGAGGCGAAGCUGGCAGAGGAGACGGAGGAGGAGAGGUUGGAUCGCAUUGCAGAAGAGGAAGAGAAUCGCGACGCCAUGAAGGAGCUGGAGAAGAAGACGUUAGAUGCGAAGACAGAAAUGGCCAUCGCAGAUGCGCUGGACGAUGUCAGGCACCGAAAUGCGGCGCGAGAAAGGGUGGGCAAGGAUGGCAUCAGCACAGUCGCUGCGCCAAAGGUUGACGAGGAAGCUGAGAGGAUAGAAAGGGAGCUGGAAGAACAAGCCAGGAUGGCUUUCCAAAGCAGCACGGGCGAGAGGGUGAGGAGAUUGGGAGAGGAUGAUUUAGACGGAGAGGCAUCCUCAGCUGCCAGUGGAAGUGUUGACGCUGAUCGCGCAGCAAUGCCACCCCCUGCUCUACCCACAUUUCAGCGGACCGCAAAGCCAAAGAAGGAUCUUGGAAGUGCCCUCGGAAUCAAGAAGGGCAUAUUGAAGAAGCCAGCUGCGCCCACGCCCGCUCCUGAGCCAGUAUCGAAGCCAGUGGCCCCGCAACCGGACCCGCUGAUGGACCGACCGGUAACUGCGAACGAUCUGCCCGGGAAGCAUGUCGAGCUGGGCGUGGGACUGUCGCUCGUCGACUAUGGCUCUGACUCCGAUUCCGACUGAUGAAAAGCUUUCGUGCAUGCCUCAGCAAAGACUGCAACCGCAGCAUUAGAUUCUUUCUUAUCCAAAGUCAUCAACUUUCCACGUUGACAUUAUGAGACCAUGGACGUACGAAAUGAUGACAAACCCUCACAGCCUCUUCGCACUUGUCGCAGACCCACGAUGGACCCUACAUCUACGCUCUUCCGCAAAGCUUCACUGUACAGGGGAGCAGAAAUGCCAGUAGUACGCUUCGUGCGCAGGCUUCGUAUCGGGGAAGAAAAAUCGGAUCUACGAUAUCCAAAUAUUGGUCACAGGGAAUUGGCCGUCCAUUACGGGAAGGGUUGGACAUUAUCUGACAACGCCGGGAUUGCCGUCACGGAGCACAGGAUUGGAACCUUAGGAACUCUAGCAGCGUUCAAUUUUGUGGUCAGUUCCCGGAUCCAAAUCUGCUCCGCUUCGUGAAAUGAAUUCGAUACUUGAGGCAUUGGACAUCAGCCCACCAGGCCGCAAAGGCUGUGGACAGCACCAGACAGACGACCGCCCACUUUGCGACGAUCGUGGAGAAUCGUGUCCUGUGUGGUGGUGACGAGCUUGAUCGGGGCACAUUUGCUGGAUGCAAAUAGGGAGAUGGAGACCAGAGUGAUGUGAGUCUCGAGUAGUGAUAGUCAAUAGAUGAAAGCCACUAUUGUUACAUAUGCUUUGCAAUGAGACUUGCAACCUGGUCGAGCACUUGUUUGCGUUCCUUUGCACAAAUCGCACAGUUUCUCUCA